AUGGCACUGCUGUACUUGCUACUCCUGGUUUCCAAUCAGCUACUGCUUGUGUCGGCACCAGCUUUACGGUGCCCUGACAGCUGUCACUCUAUCCCCAUAAAUCGGUCGGGAGAGAAGCGAGUCUCCUGUCACUGUCCAGGUAAAUACUGGCCAGGGUCCCCCUGCAGCUGGAUUGGGUACAGAGGAACGUAUCACUUCCCCGCAUGUCUUGAUGCCAUACCAACCGACUUCGACAAAGCCACGACGUCGAUCUUCAUCAAGCAUCUUCGCUCCUCUACCAUAUUGGAGCGGUCUUUCCCAAACAGCCCAGCGCUGUACGGGUUCCUUUCAAUCCAACAUUCCAACGUAUCCACGGUGCAGCCAGGGGCUUUCCAAGGUCUGCCAUUGCUGAAAACCCUUUCCCUCAGAGACAACCGUAUCUCCAGUCUUGAACCCGACACCUUCCUUGGGCUUGAGAGGGUAACAGACCUGAACCUUGAAAGCAAUGCCAUUUCCGUCAUAUCCCAGCAUGCGUUCCGAGGCCUGCCUCUCCUGGCCAACUUGAGGUUGGUUGAGAACCGCCUGCAUUCCGUCCCCGUCAACGCACUCCUGGCGCUUACUGCACUGAAGUAUGCAAGCCUUCAAACAAACCACAUCACCACGAUUGACAGCCAAGUCCUGCGUAUGAGCCACCUACAGCUUUUCCUAGCAAACAACCAGCUGAAAUGUGACGCAAAUCUCACCUGGUUCAUCUGUCAUCUGCCAGAGUUGAAUCACAUCUUUGAACGUAACUUCCUGAAGUGUGCGUCGCCCGCUGACCAGAGCGGAAUUCUGCUUGCCAACGUGAGGAAGGACAUCAGGUCGGGGGGAUGUGACGAAACGUCCACCACAACAGGUCCGCCUACCCACCACACUAGUCUGUAUAACUACACCAUUCCCACGGAGAUGCCAUACACAAACACCACGCGAGGCUCAAAGUACCAGGCUACAACAAGCCAGGCUACAACCGGGACUGACAUUGUCACUCUUCCAAGUUUUGGCCCAAUUCUCACUGAGGAAGAUGACGGUUACCACGUCAAUGCCGUCAUCCUGGCUGUUGCUGUGCCCCUCCUCAUGGUGUUGGUAUGGGUGGUUGCCAUCUGCUUGUACGAACGCUGUCACGGCACAGAUCCGGCCCGUCACAACGCCCCUGCUGAAACAGAUGGAAACUCCACCCCUUCGGACAGAGACUCAGUCACAGGCAGACAAUUGAGUUCUGUUGAGGACCAGACAUCAGAGGGCAACAAUGACAUUGAGCCGUAUGCUGUGUCAUACAUGGAUGUGUCUGGGAAAGGGAAAAACGGCAAGCUUGCACCGUACGCAACAACUUCCUUUGCUAACAUCCAGCCAAAGGAACCAGACAAUGAUGACAUCCAGCCAAUAGAAGACAACGAUGACAUUGAGCCGUACGCUGUGUCAUACAUGGAUGUGUCUGGGAAAGGAAAAAACGGCAAACUUGCACCGUAUGCAACAACCUUCAUUGAUGAAGACCCAGGGCCACAGCUUCAGCCAUAUUCAGUAACCCACGAAGACUCAGGGCCACAGCUUCAGCCAUAUUCAGUGACCCAAGAAGAAGACCCAGGGCCUCAGCUUCAGCCAUAUUCAGUGACCCACGAAGAAGACCCAGGGCCACAGCUUCAGCCAUAUUCAGUGACCCAAGAAGAAGACCCAGGGCCUCAGCUUCAGCCAUAUUCAGUGACCCACGAAGAAGACCCAGGGCCUCAGCUUCAGCCAUAUUCAGUAACCCAUGAAGACUCAGGGCCACAGCUUCAGCCAUAUUCAGUGACCCAAGAAGAAGACCCAGGGCCUCAGCUUCAACCAUAUUCAGUGAGCCAAGAAGAAUGUGGGCCACAGCUUCAGCCAUACGCAUUGACCCACGAUGAAGACCCAGGGCUGCAACUGACAAGAAACAUCACGCAUCCAGUCACCCAACCAAGGGGUCAGUCACUGCCAAGAGGCUACAUGAGGGCAGGUUAUACGUCACUGACAAAUGUCACUAACAAACAGGCGACAAAGGUCACAAAAUCAAGGGGUCAGUCACUGCCAAGAGACCAUGCACUAGCAGGUUAUACGUCACUGACAAAUGUCACUAACCAACGGACAGCAAACACCACUCAACCAGUCACCCAACCAAGGGGUCAGUCACUGCCAAGAGACCAUGCACUAGCAGGUUAUACGUCACUGACAAAUUUCACUAACAAACAGGCAACAAACAUCACACAACCAAUCAUCCAACUAGGGGUCCAGCCAAAAGAGGCCAACAGAGAGGCUGUCCGUCAACAAGAGACAGCAGGGGUCCUUAUGGACUAG